UAAGACUCCCCUGAGGGGGUAGUCCGAAAGCGGUGAAAGGUUCAGUAGUUGCGCCGCGGCCCAAGGGGGCGAAAGCGACCGGAGGGACGCGCUGGAGGCUGUUUAUAGCCCUGUCAGGCCGGCGUCGGGAGGGGAGCCGAGGCGGAGGCCUGAGGGUUCCUUGGAUGAUGGCACACUGAGAAACUUCCUCUGAGCCCAGGCCCCCAUGGCAUCCCAAGACAAAGAUGUGGGGCCCUCACUGCCCUCUCCGUGGGCCUCCCAGAUGGGGCCCUGGGAGGCCAUUCUUGAGGCUGUCAGGGAGCAGCUUCCGUCUCUGGACUCGGAUUCCUCUUUGUCAGACUGCGGAGAAGAGGAGCUGUUCAUCUACCAGCGAAAUCAAACCACCCUGAUUCCAGACUUGUCAGAGGAGCUGGCUGAAGACCCUGAUGGGGCCUGGGUCGCUCCGGCCAACAGGUCUCCUGAGCCACUUGUGGUACCUGUGGAGUUCUCAGCAGAGCCCUGGGGUGAAUGGAACGUAAGGAUGAAGGAAGGAAAGGACCCUGGCCAGCCCUUGGAGAGUGGUGAGAGCAGCUCUCUUAGGAUGCCCGAGGAGACCCCCACAUGGCAGGAAGGUGACCUUGGAGACAUGUCUUUCAACACCAAAGGAUCCCCGAGUCCUCCUUGGGGGCCGCAGGGAGAAGCCACCCUCUGUCUCUCAGAAGAAGACCUGAGGACGGACCCAAAUGCUGUCCCUUGCGUUCAGAAGGGCUCAGACUCUGCAAACCGGAGAGCCCUCCGAAAAGAGAGAAGGAAGAUGAUCGAGAGAGACUUACUUCAUAAAGUCACCUGGGGUGCCAGGGGCCCUACCUGCAGUGACCACAGCCAAGUGAAGGAGACACCCUGUGAAUCUGCAUCCACAGGUCCGAGACCAGGAACAUCAUCACAGGGGCCCCGGGAAGGCCUGCCAGUGCUCUCCCUCGAGCAACUUGAAGAGUGGGAUUUGGAUCACAUCCUUCAGAGUCUGACUGGACAAGAAGACGACCGGGGAGAUGGAGCACCUAGAGGAGUGUGGUGGGCAGCUGAUCACCUCCAGGGCCCAGAUCAUGCCAAGCCCAGCACCCAGGACAGGCUCAUGGAACAGCUCACCCUCCUAUGUGCCAAGCAAUUCAGAGCCUCUUCCUCUGCCUGGAAGGUGCCUGCAGACAUGCGCCCGGACAAUGAGCAGCUGGAGGCCAGAAGCAGAUGUGCUUUGACAAAGCUGAGUCAGCGUCGGCUAAGGAACCCAGUGGAGCCUCCCACCGUCUUCAUCGACCUGAGGCCCACAGAGCCAUCAGACCAGGGGGCACUGGAAAGCACCGGCUCCGGCUCCAGCUCCAGCUCCAGCUCCAGCUCCUCUGACAGUGAGGAGGCAGGGGAAGAGGAGACAGCUGCUCGGAGAGACUGGCAAGGCCCAGGGGGGCUACGGGACUGUACUGGGAAAAGUCAGCUUCUCCAGCAGCUCAGGGCUUUUCGGAAGGGGAUGGCUCAGCCCCAGUGGCCUGCCAACAAGGUUCCUAGGAGCCAGAAGGCUCCUGAAGAUACAGCUGGAUCUGGGGCUGGAAGGAAGCAACAUGUAACACUCUGAGUGCUUUUGCAGUGCAGGGCCUCUCAGACUGGACCCGUUACCAAGCUCUCUGUUAGAAUUUGGUCAGAACAUUUUUAUGCAUUUACAGCAGAGAUCCCAG